AUGUAUCUGAUUACUGCUGUCUGCAUGCUGAUGAGCGUUUUUGAAGAAGUGCAUAGUUUUUGCCCUUCUCAGUGUACUUGCAUUUACCAUGGCAGGAGUGACGGCACUGGAACAAGGUCUGUGUUGUGUAAUGAUCCUGAUAUGUUUGAGGUCCCUGUAAAUGUUCCUGUGGACACUGUAAAACUCCGGAUAGAAAAGACCGUCAUCCGAAAGAUCCCAACAGAAUCCUUCUACUACCUGGUGGAUCUAAAAUACCUGUGGCUCACCUAUAACUCUGUGGCAAACAUUGACACCAGCAGCUUUUACAAUUUAAAGCAGCUGCAUGAGUUGCGCCUUGAUGGAAAUUUACUGUCGAGUUUCCCUUGGGAAUCUUUGGCUGAGAUGCCUAACCUCCGAACCCUUGACUUACAUAACAACAAAGUGACCAGUAUCCCAGCUGAGGCUGGCAAAUAUCUGAGAAAUCUCACUUAUUUGGACAUUUCUAGCAAUAAAUUAACCUCCUUGCCAUCAGACCUCAUGGAUAUCUGGCUUCCUUUUUCUGAAAUAGCUUCACCCAGGAACACAGAUUCCAUAGCACAGAGGAUCAUAUUAGGUUUGCAGGACAAUCCAUGGUAUUGCGAUUGUCGGAUAUCCAAGCUGAUUGAAUUGUCCAAAAUUGUGGAUACGGUUGUUGUGCUUCUGGACCCCUUUGUGGCUUGCAGUGGACCUGAAAGCCUGGCUGGGAUCACAUUUCAGAGAGCGGAGCUGGAACAGUGCUUGAAACCAUCCGUGAUGACCUCAGCCACAAAAAUCACCUCGCCUCUUGGAAGCAACGUGCUACUGCGUUGUGACGCAACGGGCUAUCCGACCCCACAGCUCACGUGGGUUAGGUCAGACAACAUCCCCGUGAACUACACAGUUAUUCAAGAAAGCCCAGGAGAGGGUGUAAGAUGGUCUAUCAUUAGCUUGACAGGCAUUUCCUACAAGGAUGCAGGAGACUACAGGUGUAAAGCCAAAAAUUUGGCUGGAAUGUCAGAAGCUUCUGUUACUGUCACUGUUGUUGGUGUUGUCACCACAACAGUGUCACCACAAAAGUAUGGAAAAAAGACCAGCACAGACCAGCAAAACACCACCCAAGAAGAGAUCAAGGAAGAACCCUUAAAUGUGACUACCUCUUCUUCCGUAGCAUUGCCUAUAACUACUACUACUUCUACAACAGUAGCUGCCACUGAAAGGACCACAACUGAACGAGCCCCUGACAAAAAGCAAAUCAAGUCCAUGCCUGAUGGAAAAAAGAUUCCCAAAGCAGUUACCAAUGGAAGCAAAAAGCAGCCUGGUGAUACUAAUAAGAAAGAUGGUGGCGUAUCACUUGGCCCAGCAACAGCAGCAGUACAGACGGUUUCAGUAAAAAAUCUAAGAGUAAUUCCUGAAACGGAUGAAAGAGUUACUUUAAUGUGGAAAACUGUCAAUGCCUCCAGUAAUUCUCCUCUGACAGUGUUGUACUCAAAGUAUGGGGAGAAGGACAUGUUGCCACUGAGCACAGACCCCACAAAAAACAAAGUUACAAUAGAUGGUUUGGAGCCCAGUACCCAGUACAUGGCCUGCGUCUGUCCCAAAGGGAUUCCUCCUACAAAAGACCAAUGCAUCAUUUUCUCUACAGAUGGAGUUAGAAUGGAAGAUGAUUUUCAGGUUUCCAUUUUGCUGGUGGCCAGUGGGGUUGCCUGUGCAGUUGUUCUGCCAUUAAUAUUUUUUUUACUAUAUAAAGUCUUAAUGCUUCACAGAAAACCCAAAUCUACCAGGGAAGCAGACCUUGCAAAAGAAACUUAUGUCAAAUUUGAAACUCUUUCCCUGAAACCACGUUCAGUGGGGACAGGUGGAGAACUUUGGGCCCGUCGGAAUACUGACGAGUCAGAACGUCUGCUUCUUUGUUCUAGGUCAAGUAUGGACUCUCAGAUGACAUUCAAAAGUGAAGGUUCAAGGUCCGAGUACUUCUGCUGA